AUGCAUCUCUUGAUUCCAACACGCCCCAUGAACUUUCGUCGAUCACCUCCUCCAUCUCUCAAUGCGUCAAAGAUCACCUCCAAGUUCGUUAGUAUCUAUAGCAAGCUCCUCCUUGGUUUCUCCCCAAGUCAAAUAUGCCCUCAUCAAGACCAAGAUCGCUUCUUCUCCGACCUCUUGGACCUCAAGGUGGACCGUCCAUAUCUUGAAGGAGAGUUGAACAAGUUAUCGAAGGAGACGUGUUUAGGAAAAUUGAAGCCGUUCCUGAGUGCGCUCUUCAAAGUCUGCAUAAAACAUAUCCGAGAAGCAAGAAAUGAGGAUAUUAGGAAACUGAAUGCGAUAGAAACAGUGUACAUCGUCAUCUCUUGCGUCCUGUCCAAGAGCAUGACUGGGUGGGAGACCAUGGAAGUUCUGGCUGGCUCCGUUGCGCAAAGCGACACUGUCUUCUUGGGAUUUGCAGAAGUUCUUGAUACGAUCAUGGGCGACCCCGAAGCUCCUAGAACUGUUCGACACAAGGUCCUGCAGCUGGCUUUGAUGUAUAUGUGCAGAAGCUCUCAACUCAGCACUGGUGCCUACUUUCUCCGUCGGGAUUUCUUUUAUUCAGUGGCAUCGCUCGCUAAAGCCCCUGAGACAGAAGAAUUCACAUUUGAGGCCAUUUUAUUCCUCACCAUUCUUGCAAAUUUUCACAAAUCAGAUGCUGCCAAACUGAAUCCUUACCUGAAGCGGAUCCGUGAAACAACAGACGGGGACUUCAUGCGAAAACUCUGCUGGGCGUCGAACUUCGCGUUGGAGUCCUCCAUCAGAGCGUACCAAGACCUGGCUGACGAUGCAACUCCCCCCACUUUGACUUCAUCACUUGGCUCUGUCAUCACUCGGCUGCGCCCCGACCGCGCACUCUCUUUUAUGUCAACGGGACAGCCUCGCGAAAUGUUUAAGGACCUCCCUAUUGAAGCAAGCGUGGUUUUGCUACCCAUAUACGAAUUCUUGCGGCCAAAUCCCCUCUUUAUUACCGUCUUCCUUGAAGAUCUCGUUUCACCAUCACCGCCAAUAACGGAAAGUGUGGACACGGCGCCGCUUCCGUGUACAUUAAUAACUUUCACCUCAUACCUCUGUACCCAUGCGUCAUCUACGUCCUCCCCGAGAUCGAUAGCUUAUGCAAGCCUAUCUCUCAACAUUCUUCUUGCUCUUGUUGAAAAUGGCGUCUUCAUGGAGUUUUCUACGCAAACACAGGCUCCAGCUAUUCGAUUGUGCAGACAAAGGCUCCCCACUCUCACACCUCCUUUGCAGAGCCAAGCCCCUAUCUGUGCGAUUUUGGACUGUUGCGUUCUCUGGUUGCGCCACAAUCUCCACAAACGGCUACAGGUGACUUCUUACGUAAACUCUGUUUGGAUAUGCUACCGGGUCGUCUGGUUCCUGCAACACCGCCGCAUUCGUCUUAUCUACGACUGGACCGAACUGUGGAAUUCAAUAAUCACUCUUUUGGGGUUCCUUUCAUCAAAAUCCGAUGUAUUGAACGCCACAGGAGACAUCCAGCUGGUGGUAUUGGAGACGGUUCGAUUCCUCGAUUUCGCUCUGUGCACUUCGGAAUCCUACUUACCCUCUCCGCAUGCUGUGCACGAGUUCAUCUAUGAACUUGUCCGAUCCUCUUCUGUUCUGAAGAAACAGCAGGAGCUGCUGAAGUCUUUGGAGCCCCCGUUCAAUCGACCUGCCGUCGAGCUUUCCCUGGAAUUCUUAGCGCAUAUGAUGAUAACAACGGACUUCUACGGAGAGAAGAUCUCAGAGAUGAGUGCUGGGAUCGGGAUCGCGAAAGAUGCCAUGAAGACGGUGGCGGACGACAUCGAAGCAAACGGAAUACACGGCACGCGGGACAUGCGUGAUGCACCCACGCGCUCGCAGAAUUCCCCUAACUCAGCAUUCAUCUCCUACCUGGCUGAACUGUCUCCAGCCAUGGCAGCCUUGCGCUACGCCCUCGCGUUGGGGCGUUUGACUAGCUUACGGCCCUCUCGGACAUUCUUCCUUCACUUCCGGGGACUUGCCAGCCUCAAGCCGCCUUCAUCGCUCUUUGCCCCAUUGGACACCUUUUCAGAGCGCCACAUAGGUCCUGAUGAUGCGGAAACCUCGAAGAUGCUUUCCCAACUUGGCUACGAGUCAAUUGAAGCAUUUGUCGCCGAUACCGUUCCUCCGAAGGUCAGAGUGUCGACGCACUCCGUCAAUAACAAGUCCAUCCCCUCCUUCAGCGAGUCCCAGCUGCAUGCUCGGGCUAAAGAAUUGGCUGGGCUGAACAAGCCGUUCAAGAGUUAUAUCGGUAUGGGUUAUCAUUGUGCGGUCGUGCCUCCAGUCAUUCUCCGCAACGUUAUGGAAAAUCCGGCAUGGUACACUCCGUAUACGCCUUAUCAGCCUGAAAUUGCUCAAGGUCGUUUGGAAUCGCUCGUCAACUUCCAAACAAUGGUCGCGUCGCUUACGGCAAUGGAUAUCGCGAACGCUUCUCUCUUGGAUGAAGCUACCGCAGCAGCAGAAGGAAUGGUUAUGUCGUCCGUCUCUGCUCCUAAGAAAAAAACAUUUGUUGUAGACUCCGGUGUUGCUCCCCAGACCAUUGCCGUCCUUCACACUCGUGCAAAGGGAUUUGGGAUCAGGGUGGUCAUUGGUGACGCAAGUUCUGUGUUGGAAGACCCAAAAAUCCGUUCGGAUAUUUGUGGAGUCCUUGUUCAAUACCCGGAUGUCAACGGCAACAUCAAAGACUUCAGCCCCCUCGCACAGGCAACUCACACCCUAGGAGCCCUGGUCAUUUGCGCCACAGACCUGCUAUCCUUGACGAAGAUCAAGGCACCGGGCGAAUGGGGUGCAGACGUUGUUGUCGGAAACUCUGCGCGCUUCGGUGUUCCAGCCGGCUACGGAGGUCCACAUGCUGCCUUCUUCGCGGUCACAGACAGGCUCAAGCGCAAGAUGCCUGGACGACUCAUUGGCCGAAGCCGCGAUACUCAAGGCAACCCGGCUUACAGAUUGUCUCUUCAAACUCGAGAGCAACACAUUCGUCGAGAAAAAGCAACCAGCAACAUCUGCACAAGCCAGGCACUUCUAGCUAACAUGGCUGCUAUGUAUGCGGUUUAUCACGGUCCUGCUGGUCUUAAACGAAUCGCCACAAAAGUUCAUAAGUUCACUCAAGUUUUUAAAGCGGCUGUCGAGUCGAUUGGCUACAAGGCACUUAACGGAACGUUCUUCGACACUCUUACUCUCGAUGUAUCUGCCUUGGGUUCAGCCGAAGCGCUUCACGCGCAAGCCGCUGCCGCCGGCAUUAACCUCCGCCGCAUCGAUGACAAUCACGUCGGGGUUUCGUUCGAUGAAAGUGUCUCGCCGCAUGACCUGGUCAACUUGUUAAACGUCUUUACCACCUACGCCUCCGCCAAAGCCUUUAAGCUUUCUGAUCUUUCGGAACCUGAGUUUACAGUUAUUCCACCAGAGUUGCGGCGCACGUCGGAAUACCUACCGCACCCAGUCUUUAACAAGCAUCACUCCGAAACCGAGAUGUUACGCUACAUCCAUCAUCUCGCAGGGAAGGACCUCAGCCUCGUCCACAGCAUGAUUCCUCUAGGAAGCUGCACAAUGAAAUUGAACAGCACCAGCAGCAUGAUCCCUCUUACCUGGCCCGAAUUCAGCUCAGUCCAUCCUUUCGCUCCAUAUGACCAAGUCAAAGGAUAUCUCCAGAUGAUUAAAGAAUUGGAGGACGAUCUGUGCCGCAUCACUGGGUUCCAUGCUGCUUCAUUACAACCUAAUUCCGGUGCUGCUGGGGAGUAUACCGGACUUUGCGUCAUUCGCGCUUACCACGAGUCCCGCGGCGAGAGCCACCGUGAUGUCUGCUUGAUUCCUCUCAGCGCCCAUGGUACCAAUCCCGCUUCAGCUACCAUGGCUGGAUUGAAGGUAGUUUCCGUCAAGGUACACAACGACGGUAAUCUCGACCUCGAGGAUUUGCGCGCCAAAGCGGAGAAAUAUAAGGACAAUCUUGCUGCGUUCAUGAUCACUUACCCCUCAACUUUCGGUGUCUUUGAAGCUGGGGUCCUGGAUGCUUGUCAGAUCAUUCAUGACAAUGGCGGUCAAGUUUACCUUGACGGUGCCAAUCUCAAUGCGCAAAUCGGUCUUACGAAUCCUGCCACAUGUGGUGGCGAUGUUUGCCAUAUGAACUUGCACAAGACUUUCGCUAUUCCACAUGGCGGAGGUGGACCUGGUGUUGGACCCAUCUGUGUUGCUGAGCAUCUAGCCCCGUUCCUUCCGAGCCACCCUGCAAUGCCAGUGCGCGGAGAGCAAUCGAUCGAAGCAGUUUCAGCCGCGCCAUUCGGAAGUGCAUCCAUUAACCUCAUUUCAUGGGCAUACAUCAAGAUGUUGGGUGGGCAAGGACUUGUCGACUCGUCGAAGAUGGCCCUCCUCAAUGCUAAUUACAUGGCGAACCGUCUGCAAGGCCAUUACAACCUGCGGUACAAGAACGAGAACGGACGUGUUGCCCAUGAGCUCUUGAUCGAUCUGGCGGAAUUUGACAAAGCUGCCGGUCUCAAGGUCACGGAUUUCGCUAAACGACUCCAGGACUAUGGCUUCCACCCACCCACUUGUUCUUGGCCAAUUCAGACAUGUAUGCUCAUUGAGCCCACGGAAUCAGAAACCCUAGAAGAGUUAGACCGGUUCUGUGAUGCCAUGAUUGAGAUUCGCAAAGAAGCUGGAGAUAUCAUUUAUGGCAAGCAACCAAAAGACAACAAUCUUUUGAAAAAUGCUCCACAUACCAUAUCCGCCAUCGCCUCCUCGGAGUGGAACCGUCCGUACACUCGUGAACAGGCGGCAUACCCACUACCAUGGUUGCGCGAAAGGAAAUUCUGGCCGACAGUAUCACGAAUCGACGAUGCCUACGGUGACCUUAAUUUAAUCUGUGAUUGUCCUUCAGUAGAAGAGUUGGCGCAACAUUAG